CGAUGCGGCGUCUACGUAUAUAUGUCUAUGGUUGAGCACAUAGACAUAUGUAUAUAUGUUUACAUGUCUAUGGUUGAGCGAGCCAUUAUCUGUUUUUACUUCCGGGUCACGUGAUUCCCCCUCUCUCUCUCUACCUCUCUCUCUAUGUCUCUCUACCUCUCCCUCUCUCGCUCCCUACAACUCAUCAGGCUAACGGGAGCUAACCCAGCUCGUCGUUCACUUCUUCACGUCUUUAGUUUAUCAAAGAACAAACCAAAAGCCAUUUCGUCUAGAAAGUGCCCUACAACUACUUACGGUAAUUUAAAGUGUGCUUGAUCAUCAUGCUCGGAGAAUGAUGAUUUCUUUCAAGUAAAGGAUGUGGAUGGAAAACUUACUAAAGGAGAACUGCAGUCGUAAGUCAUUCCAUUGCAACUUCCUGGAGUGGAACAGCUGUUGCUGUUUCUUGGCAUAAUCCAUUAUGUCAUUGCCGAAGGAGUCGGGAAACAGAGGGAAAGACAGAGAGCGGGGUGCCCGUCCAAAGGUGAGACAAAGUCGAUCAGAAGAGAGACGAGACGCAAGUGGAGGCUGGAAAGGUGGCAAGGGGAAGAAAAAAGGCCUUUCUUCCCACGACAAAGCAGCGGAGCGACCGGUGAGCGAUGGUUUUGAGUACGGCGAGCUGCUGGGUGAGCUGGAGGAGAGGAACCAGACGACCUCCUCCCCUCAGAAGGGUGAUAGUUGGAAGUUGCAGAGCUUGGACAUUGCAACGUCCUUACUCGGGGAAGAACGGGUUACAGCCAGGCCGGGCCUGGGAACCGUCAACUCUGCCGAGGAAUUGCCUGCUCUCUGUGAAGCGGAGGGUAGAGGGUCGAGCAGCAGUCGCACUCUCAGGCAAAAAAUCCAAGAUGCAAUGGGACAGUGUUUUCCUAUAAAGACGCACAGUGCAGCGACGCCGCCUGCACAAUCCUUUUCAUCUUCUGCUACCUGUGCCUCCUCCAGACGGAAGAUCCAUCUCAGUGAGCUGAUGCUGGAUGACUGCCCUUUUCCUGUCGGAUCAGAGCUGGCUCAGAAGUGGUAUCUCAUUAAGCAACACACUGCUCCUGUUACCCAGCCUCCUCUGCUGGACGCCGCAGUCGUGUGUAGUGCUCCGACUUCAGCCGUUGCCACGGUGGUGGAGGAUGUGGAUGACAGAUUACGAGAGCGGAGGCGCAUCAGCAUAGAACAAGGUGUCGAGCCGCCGCCCAAUGCGGAGAUCCAUACAUUUGAAGUAACGGCUCAAAUUAAUCCUCUCUACAAACACGGCCCUAAACUGGCUCACGGUAUGAAUGAAUUAGCCGGGACUGACAGGGCCUCUGUUCAGCAGCAACAGCAGCUUCUUCUCCAAAGUCAACAGCAACAUCAACUCCUUCUCCAGAGCUGUUUGGACACACUUGACGAGGUGGUGGCCUCGGCGUCUGCCUCUGCCAACAUCUGUGACCCGGCCCCUGACUCUUUGGUUGAGCCUGAGGUUGCUGUGACCAAUCCAACGCCUAGAGCCACACUUCCUCAGACUGACACUCCAAAAUCUCACGAUGGCUAUCGUAUUCACACUCAGAUUGAUUACAUUCACUGUUUAGUUCCAGACCUGCUGCAGAUCACCAAUCUCCCGUGUUACUGGGGAGUCAUGGACCGCUAUGAGGCAGAGACACUGCUGGAGGGAAAGCCUGAGGGCACCUUCCUGCUGCGGGAUUCUGCACAGGAAGACUACCUCUUUUCUGUUAGCUUCCGCCGCUAUGGCCGCUCGCUACACGCGCGGAUCGAACAGUGGAACCACAAUUUUAGCUUCGAUGUCCACGACCCCAGUGUUUUCCAUGCUCCCACAGUGACAGGCUUGUUGGAGCACUACAAGGACCCCAACUCCUGCAUGUUCUUCGAGCCCCUUCUGUCCAACCCCAUCCACCGCUCGCAUCCCUUUAGCUUGCAGCGCAUCUGCAUCGCAGUGAUAAGUAGCUCCACCACCUAUGAUGGCAUCAACAUUCUUCCCAUUCCAAAUGCUUUGAAAAAGAACCUGAAAGAAUACCACUAUAAGCAGAGGGUGCGUGUGCGCCGAAUGGAUAUGUGGUGGGAAUGACAAAAAAAAAUAGCAAAAUGACAAAAAAAAAACUUAACCAAAUACAUCUUUAAGCCUCUCUUAAAUAGACAAAAUAAUAAGUCUUGUUCAUCACUCUGUUAGGCUGUAUCAACAUACAUUACACUGUACUUAUUUAUUUUAUUCCUGCUGUAUGUCUUAAUAUUUGUACUAAACCACACUGAUGAGAGCAAUAUGUAAUCUCACUGAUCUUGCACACUCAGAGUUCCGUGUGCUCAAAUUAAACAAACUUGGUUUAGAUCUGUCGUUUUCAGAGGGCUGCAUCGCGUCUGUGUUUUCAAGUGUGACUAAAUCAACUUCAUUAUCUCAUGAUGGAGUUAUGAAUCUAGAGGACUAUAAUAGACUUGUUCAUCAGUCACAUGCUGAGAAGGUGAAACGCGUACUGGCAAGAUGAUGAUCUUGUCACUGAGGUGUUGAAGUGCAGCAUGUUUGCAGUAUUACUCAUUGCUUGCCACAUUGAGCUCAAACCCAAUAACCUUUUGAAAGUUGGCCCAUGUGCUUGCUAGUCUUAUUUAAGAUAAGAAGGUGUGCCACAUUGAUGCAUUGUAUUCUCUCUUCUUUUUUUAAGGGUAACUGUUUAGUUAUAGGGAAAUAUGCAAAUUGAAGAACAAUUAAUCAUCCCAAAAAUGCUUGUUUUUGCUGACAUCCAGUGGUUUUAAUGCCUCAAUUUGCUCAGCGAUGUAUAGUUUUACUCAAGGACCUUAUGAUGUCGAUACCAUUGUGGUUACUGGUGCAACAAAGCACACCUCUGGCCUCAUCCAGUUGUAACUCGUGAUGAGACGAGAGGUGAAACAGACUUGAACACAUAAAUUUGAGUGCAAUAAAAUGUUCCUUUCUA